UUGCUCUCAGAGAAGAAGCAGUGAGGGCAGGAGUGCGUGGGCCCUUCUCGCUGCUCAAGGCUUCUGGCCAUUUUCUCUCGGCCCCUCGGUCCUUGGGUGACUGUCCCUUGGUGUGGAGAUGCAGGCAGAGCAGCGACUUACAGAGGCUGACAGGCAGGCCGUCAUGGCGACUGGUGGGGACCCCGACGAGGAGCAGGUGGUCCCAGGUGAAGAGGAAGAAGUGGAUGUGAGGGCCGUGCAGGCCCGGUACCUCCGGAGCCCCUCUCCGAGCCAGUACUCCCUGGUCUCUGAGGCAGAAACGGAAAGCAUUUUCAUGGAGCCCAUUCACCUCUCCUCAGCCGUGGCAGCUAAACAGAUCAUCAGUAAAGAACUCAAGCCGCGGGGACUCAGGACCGAUGCUGAGUGUCUGGGCAUGCUGGAGUCGGCCGAGCAGCUGCUGGUGGAAGAUCUGUACAACCGCGUCCGGGAGAAGAUGGACGAUGCCAGCCUGUACAACACCCCCUGUGUCCUGGACCUACAGCGGGCCUUGGUCCGAGACCGCCAGGAGGCCCCCUGGAACGAGGUGGAUGAGGUCUGGCCCAACAUCUUCAUAGCAGAGAAGAGUGUAGCCGUGAACAAGGGGAGGCUGAAACGGCUGGGAAUUACCCACAUCCUGAAUGCUGCUCACGGCACCGGCGUCUACACUGGGCCCGAAUUCUACACUGGCCUGGACAUCCAGUACCUGGGCGUGGAGGUAGACGACUUCCCCGAGGUGGACAUCUCCCAGCAUUUCCGGAAGGCCGCCGAGUUCCUGGAUGAAGCCCUGCUGACCUGCAGAGGGAAGGUCCUGGUCAGUAGCGAGAUGGGCGUCAGCCGCUCGGCGGUGCUGGUGGCGGCCUACCUGAUGAUUUUCCACGGCAAGGCCAUCCUGGAGGCGCUGAUGACCGUGCGCAGGAAGCGGGCCAUUUACCCCAACGAAGGCUUCCUGAAGCAGCUCCGGGAACUCAACGAGAGGCUGAUGGACGAGAGGGAGGAGGAGUAUGUCCGGGAGCGGGGCGCCGACGAGGAGGGCGAGGGCUCGGGGGGCGCCGGGGGCGCGGGCGUGCAGGACCUCACGGUGGAGGAGGAGGACGACGCCGCCAGCCGCCGCAGCGGCUCCUUCUUGGGGAAGGCCAGCCUGGCCUCCGAGCCCCUCACCCUCCUCGACGAGGAGCCGGAGGAGACGCUCUACGAGGCGUGGGAGCGGCGCCAGGGCCUCCCCGCGGGUGGAGGCGGCGGGUGCUCGGCCGCGUGGGCCGAGGCGGGGCCGGAGCCCGAGGAGGCGGACGUGGACACCAUCGUCCGGGAGUGGCAGAGCCGGAACGAGCGGUACCGGGCGGAAGAGCACCGGACGUGGGCGAGGCGGGAGGAGGAAGAGGAGGAGGAGGAGGAGGAGGCGGGCAGCGCCGGCUCCGGCCCACGGAGGACGCGCCGACACGCGCGGAGCGAGAGCAGCGCCUCGGGGAGCGUCAGCAGCCGGGACGUCCAGGUCCUGCAGCGGCAGCAGCUGGCGAGGAGCAGCCGGGGCCGCGCGGGGCGGCCGCGCUCCGACUCCGUGUCCACGGACGGCACGUGGGACGCGUGGAACCAGAGGCUGCUGGAGAUCGAGGAGGAAGCCGCCCGCGCGUGUGGCGCCGGGGGCAGGCGGGAGGACGACGAGGAGAGCGUGUCCUCCGCGGCCAGCUCCCUCCACAACUUCUGCGGCCGGAACAAGGGCGCGCUCACCGCCCUGGAGCGGUGGAAGGUCAAACGGAUCCAGUUCGGGUUCCACCAGCGAGACCGGGAGGCGGGCGGCGGCGGCGAGCCGGGCGGCGAGGAGGCCGCGCCCGGGGCGAGCGUGUCCGGCGCCGGCCUGUCCGCCUACCAGGCCUGGAAGCUGCAGCGCCAGAGGCAGGCGGGCGGCGAGGACCGGGCGCAGGCGGCGGAGCUCGGCAAGGCGCACGACGCGGCCGCGGCCAAGAAGCGGCAGCGCAGGCUGGAGCUGCUGGAGAGGAGCCGGCGGACGCUGCGGGAGAGCCGGGCCGCGGGCGGCUGCGAGGCCGGCGGGGGCGCCGACGGGGACGCGGCGUCGGUGCUCAGCGGCCAGAGCCUCGGCGCCCGCCCGUCGCGGCCCAGCCUCGGCGCCCGCCCGUCGCGGCCCGUCAGCGACGCGGGGGGCGGCCCGGCCUGCACCCCGCUGCCUCCCCUGCCCGCGGGCCCGGGCGACGCCGUCUCCAUCGCCAGCAUCCAGAGCUGGAUCGCCAGCGUGGUCAGCGAGACGCUCGCCCAGAGGCAGGGCGACCUGCUGCUGCCGUCCCGCCCCGCGUCCGCGGCAGGCGCGUGGGCGGACGACCAGGUUUCCACGCUCAGCGGGCACAGCGCGUCCUCCGCGGGCCUCCUGCCCCCCACGCAGGACAGGCCCAGCGCCCACGCCGGGGCCGAGGGCGCCGCCAGCCGAGCGAGGGGGACCGGCCAGCCCACCCGCGGCCUCUUCGCGGACCACGUGGACCUGCAGGAGCUCGGCCGCAAGGAGAAGCAGAUGCAGACGGAGCUGCGGGAGAAGAUGUCCGGGUACCGGAUGGAGAAGCUGGCCUCCGACCACAGGCGCAGCAACCUGUUCAAGAAGAAGAAGAAGGCGCCGGGCGAGGAGGCGGAGGACGCCGGCGACGGGGACGAGGACGCGGACAGCGCCAUCGGGAGCCUCCGGCGUUCCUCCCGCGGCGACUCCCAAAGGCCGGACACGGACGCCUGCUCCUCCCUGGACGUGUCCGAGCGCCGCGCAAGCGGCAGCGGGGCCGGCGGCAUCGACACGUGGCUCCGCGGCCUGGGCGCAGGGGACCGAUCUCCUCCGCAGAGCGAGCGGUCCGGGAGCUCCCGCGGGACGCGCAGCCGGUCGUCCCUGCUCCGGGAGACCGAGUCCACGUCCUCCAGCUACAAGGUCUCCAAGUCGCGGCACACGGAGCAGGACACCAGCGCGUACGACGCGGCCAGCGGCGGCUCCGUGCGGAGCACCUCGCGCUUCUCCGCGUCGUCCUGCCGGGAGGGCCGAGAGACGCGCACCUUCUCCAGGGCCGUGUUCAGCGAGACCGCGCGCUCCCGGGGGCCCAGCCCCGAGCCCCACUUCUUCCGCCGGACCCCCGAGUCCUCCACCGGGGACGAGUCCCCGGAGUCCCGCCGGCCGGAUUGGGCCCGGCCCGGGGACUGGGAGGACGCGGAGGAGUCGUCGCGGUCCGACUUCUCUGAGUUUGGAGCGAAGAGGAAAUUCACUCAGAGCUUCAUGAGGUCUGAAGAGGAGGGAGAGAAAGAGAGGACGGAAAACAGAGAAGAAGGGAGGUUUGCUGCAGGGCGGCGGGCCCAGUACCGGAGGAGCACCGACAGGGAGGAAGAGGGAGAGAUGGACGACGAAGCCGUCAUCGCUGCCUGGAGGAGCCGGCAGGAAGAGACCAGGACUAAGCUGCAGAGACGGAGGGAAGAUUUCAGUUAAGCAGGCAGGUCGGUCCGGGAGACUCAGGACGCAGGACGCAGCCGUACAGCUGAGCACAGGGCUCGGGGCCACUGCCCAUCCAGCGACAAGGGACAAGGGACAAGGGUGUGACAGAUCCCAGGCAAAAAGAAGAGCACUGGAGGCGGGAGGAGGGAGAAGAGGAAAAGAGCCACCAAUGGGGGACCCGAAUGCUGGGCCAGCUGGCGCCAUUUCCUGUUGCCCACCGUCCUCGAAGCUUUGGUGCUUCCAUAUUUGCUAGUGUCCAUCACAGGCUAAGAUGAGCUUGGGAAGGUGCUCAAGCUUGUGGGAGACUCCAGCGCCCGUCCAGGAGGGCUGUGACCGCAGGCAGGGUUCUGUGUGUAGGGGCUUUAUAAUGCAACCCUGGGAAUGUAUCCUGUGGCGCGUUUUCCCUCUCCCGGCGAUGCUGAGUGCUGGUUGUGUCUUUUGAAUGUUUUGGAUGUGCAUUAAAUUGGUAUG